UUUGGUAUAUAAAUAAAAGGCUGAGAACAAACAGGCCCUUCCCUUUUUCCUUUUAUUCAAGUCAAUUUUUUUCAUCUUAUCAAAUCCUGAAGAAGUGCAUUUUACGCCAAAAAUGAGCGACAAGAGCUUUCCGAGUAGUUGGAAUACCUAAAAGAAAAUGAAAAGGUAGUUGCAUACCUAACAACAAAACUGAGCAACUGACACGUCGUGUGGUCAACGAAAUAAAAGUAAGUAUCCCACACGGUAUUACGAUGUUUAAUACUACAAGCAGAGUGUGCCAAACAAUGAAAAUGCUGAUAGUCAACAAAAGAGUAAAAAGUUUGGCAGCUUCAUGGGAAAGCUAUUGCUGAAAGGCAGAAAUAAGGGCCCUAUCGAAAAGUCAAUAUCAAAAACAGUGAAAGAGAAAUCUUUAAGACAACAAUAUUUGACAGAGGAGCCUUUUGUUGGACUAUUCCGGAUGAGAAAACACCGAGAUGAACACAAGACAUCAGAAACGCAAUACCAUCCGAUAAGUGCCAGUGUUGGAAUAAAGUUUAGUUUAAAGUUUGCUCACCAAAUACCGCAAAAUGAUAUACAACAACAAGAUAAACAUGAGGCUAAUAUUAUCACUGAUAACAUUAUGCACAAAUACCGAACAGAGAAUGGAAGAAAGACCAGAUGGGAUGUCAAGGGAUCCGUUGACGCUAAUAAGACAACAGAUAAAUUACCUGUUUCGUUAGAAAAAAGUUUAUGUUCAGCCGAAAUUACCAGUAAAGAUAGCAAUGAAGAGGCAAACAAUGAUGAUGACGAUAUACAAUCUAUUGUUUCUUUACAGUCCGACGAUGAUGUGUUAGGCCCAUGGAUUGAAUUGGGAAUGAUUGAUCAUCCAAACAAAGAGGAAAGAAAAUCAGCAGCUUCAAAACUGGACGAAACUUGCAAAGACUGUGAAACUCAAAGCAGUUUCAAGAUUGAAGAUCGUGGUCCAUUUGAACUUGUCAAAUCAUGCGUUAGUUGUCAAUCUCAAUAUGAUGAAAUUUUUGCUAGUUUUAUUGAGAAAUGCCAUAACAAUAACAACGAAAGCACGAAACUACAAACGCCAAAAGAAAAAGUAUUCAAAAAGACUAAAACUGGUCACACGAAAAAAGACACUAUUAGCAACGAUGCAAAAGAAAUUAUAGUCUCAAAGAGUGAUGCGAAAAAGACAGCACAAAAUAAAACAAGUAUCAGCAGAAAACAAGACGCUAUUCCUCCUACAAAAUCUGCUUAUUCUGUCAAAAAUAAUCUCAAAAUAAUGGCUACAAAGAAGAAAGCUAUCACUGUAUCUAAUGAACCGCCACAAAACAAAGGUUUGAAUAACGAUAAGGAUACUAAGCACUAUACGACUGGUGCAUUUAUGACUAGAAGGACUGCUAAGACACUCGCUGAUCCCAAAUUUGGAUUCUACCCAAACCCUCAUGGACUUGUCCAUAAACAAGUUGUUGAAGUUUUGAACAUCAACGGGCAUUGGUACAGAGGUACUUUGGAAAUGAUGGAAAAAGGAAAAGUGAAAAUUAAGUACGAUGGUUGGGAUGACCAAGAAGAAUGGAUUAUCAUGGGAAGCAGACGUCUAAGGGUGCUUUCGGAAGAAGAACAUAGUGGCGUAGAAACUCAUCAAGACAUUGAUGCCACUAAUUCUUGUCAAAAAGACUCAAAUAGUAUCGACAGUUUUGAUGUUGAAGGUACUUCUUGUACAGUAAUGCCAUCUGAGCCACUUGAGACUGAAGCAAAGAUUAUUCGUCCUCCAAAAAUUACUCACAAAAAGACAAGUGAUGACUAUGUGAGUCAGACCUUGGAUAAAGAUCAGACACAGAUCUUCAACAACAAUGAGAUUUUCAUGACGCGGAGAUUAGCUCGUGAACUAGUUGAUGAAUAUGGAUUCAGACCUAAUUCCUUUGGAUAUCGUCGUAACCGCGCUGUUUCUGUUACAUUUUUUACCAAAAAGAAAGGCGAGAGAAAAGCAAAAGAUGAAUGCGUGGGAUAUUUAAGGGAAUUGCGCAAUGAUCAAGUACGAGUCUGGUACCCUAGUCUCAGUUUAUCAGAAUGGCUUCCCAGUGGUAGUAGACGCUUGCGAGUAAUGACCGAUGAAGAAGAAGAAGCCAUAAAGCUUGAAAACAAGGUUGAUCUUGAUAUUCAAGAAGACUCAAGUAAUACUCAAUCUAGUGAGCCGAAGAAAGAAAAGAAAUCAAAGUGUCAAGCAUCUUCCCUAGACAAGACAAACUCUACAGACUUGACAGAAACAGUUGUUUCAUCUAAAAAAAAUUCAGAAGAGAGCACUAAUGCCAUACUGAAACAAAAAUCUCAGACAAAGCAAAAGGCAUCAAAAAGCAAGAAGUCAACAACAGCACCAAUAUCAAAGCCUUCAGAUCCAGAAUUUGUGAACAAAGAAGCUCCUAAAAAUUCAACUUUGAGUGUUACAGGUAGAAGUCAAACUGUGCAAGAUGCUGGGCCAAACGAAUUUUUGACCACUGGUGCAUUUGCUACACGAAGAGCAAUGCGACAACUAAAAGACGAAAACGGAUUUGUACCUAAUCCUUAUGGCUACGUAUAUAAUCAAGCAGUUGAAAUCCUUAACACAAGAUCUGGAAAAACAAUGUUUUGGGAACGUGGGACACUGGUCGCAAUGAAGCCAGGAAAAGUCAAAGUUCAUUAUGACGGAUGGGCAGAUAUCUACGAUGAGUGGAUCAUGGUUGGAAGUCGCAGAAUUCGUGCUGCAUCAGAAACGCCAAAAGAAGACGAUGGGAAUCAUUCAGCAGACGCUAAUAGCAAGUCUGCACUCAACUUGAACUUUGAGGCACCAAUGAAUAACAAAAAGAAAGUCUAUGACCUCUUGAUGCCUGAAUCAAAUCCUGAAAUAACAGACAAUAUCAAAAAGAAAAAGAAUCAUACGAUUAUUCGUCCACAAGACUAUCUUGAACUAGGAAUGCUUGAAAGUUUAGAUGACAUAGCUGCUAAAAAAGCAAAGAAAGAGCAGCGAAGAAAAGAAUUGAAAACAAAACAUUCAGCAAAAAGCAAGACUAGAAACAAAUCACUCAAAAACGACACAAGUGAUAACGAAAACAAUACUGACUUUACCGAUGAUGAAGAAGAUGAUGAGGAUGAUGAGGAUGAUGAGGAUAAUGAGGAUGACUCUGGUUCAAAAAAAUAUGUACUCAAGAAAAAUACAUCAGCCAGUCAAAGAAAGAAGCAAAAUUCAGCAUCUAGCUGUUGCAUGUCUUCUGAGGAAACUACAAAUGAACCACAUAUCAUUUCACUUCGUUUGGCUCAGGCCAAAGCACCGAAAGACCACAAGUUUGUGGCUAACGUUUAUGGUUAUAGCUAUAUGCAACACGUUACUGUGCUACAUCUUGACAAAAAACUCUAUGAAGGAAGACUUGUGUCAAUGCAUAAAAACAAAGUCAAGGUUCAUUAUUGCGGCUGGCUUGAUGCUUUUGAUGAAUACAUUACUUUAGGCAGUAGACGAAUUCAACCAAUUGAUAAUGACCAUGAGGUGCUAUGCAUUGAACCCACAUAUCAUGAGCGUUAUGAAAAGAUGCAAACAGAGAACACAGAAGAGGACUGUAGGACUCACCUUACUGAUCAGCAAUUGCAGCCGCAAAAAACACUUAUCAACAGAUAUAGUAGAAAGAGAAUUACUUUAGCUGAUGUGAACUCGGAUGAAGAAGCAUCUCGUGCAGACCAAGAAUCUAGCAAAGAAGAGUCAGAAGGAAUUAUUGAUAUAUGCAAAAAUCAUGUGAAUUGUAAUCAGUGUAGCGUGGUGAUUAAGCAAUUCAGAUACUAUUGUACUUAUUGCGAGACAUCUCCAUCUGAAAAUGGAAUGCAGAGCUUUGAACUUUGCCUUAGAUGUUUCGAUCAAAAUUUUCCCUUCUGGCAUCAUCAUCCGCGCUCUAGUUUUGCAGUUCAGUCAGUAAUUGAUGCAGCCAUAGGGCCAAGGCCAAUUAAAGGCGAACUUGUCACAAUAUGGGAAGAAGAUAUUUUGGAUGAAAUGCCGACUAACAGUGAAUCUAAUCCAGCGACAGGUGAAGCUCCAAUUGAAGGAGAAAAUCCUAUAGCUGCUGAGAAACCACAAAAAGAUAAUGUUGAUUUGACAAUUCAGACAACUACGGCGGGAAAAGAUAUAGCUGUUGACGCUAGUCAAGUGUUCAAAGGCGAUACUCCUGUCAAGCCAGAUCAAGGCUAUAAACUUCUAAAGAUGUGGAGAAGGAGAAAAGUUUGUGCAUUCUGUAAUGAUGAUGAUGACAAUUCAGAAGAACUCGGUCAGUUUAUUGGUCCUUUCAUCAUUUCAACAUUCAACAAAAAUGGUGUUGAGAAAAAGCGAUCGUUUUGGGCUCAUGAUGCAUGCGCUAGAUAUUCGCCUGAAGUCUUUUGUACGCCUGAAGGUAAAUGGUAUAAUGUAACCCUUGCUUUGCGACGUGGAAGAGGAAUGAGAUGCCAUGGUUGUAAAGAAAAGGGUGCGACGAUUGGAUGCUUUGAGUCCAAAUGUGGCAAAAGCUAUCAUUUACCUUGCGCUCAAAAACCUGUGAGCUAUUUUAAGAGUGGUGUUAUAUUUUGGUGCAGUGUCCAUGAAGCUUACUAUAACAAAAAGGAUACUUAUGUGAACAUAUUCAAUUGUGAUGGGUGUGAAAAGAAGCUGAGCGAUGAGUCUUGGUUUACAUGUGUUUCUUGUGCUUCAAAAAGCUAUUUCCAAUCGUUUGAUUUAUGUACAGAGUGCUAUGAGAAAUUUCCUGAAGAUCAUGAACAUAACGAAGACGAGUUUGAAGAAACAUCAUUCGCCAUUCUUAAAGAGAUGGAAGCUCAAAAAGCUAGAGAGGCAGCCCGAAUCAAAGAAGAAACAAGAGCAGCUAAUGCUGCCAAAAAGAAGAAAAAGCCUUUGUUUCCACGUAGACGCAGAAGGCUUGCAGAUGGAACAAUGCCUGUAUCUUGUUGCUAUUGUGGUACUUAUGAUGCUGAUCAUUGGCGAAAGGGAUACGAUGGAGGAGUCAUUAUGUGUAAUGCAUGCUUUGAACUUGCUUUGCUGAUAGACAACGAUGGAAAGCCAUGCACAUCAGAUAGCUUUGAUUCAGAGCAAGAUCAUUAUGUUGGGCCUAUUGAUGAUUAUUCUCACAAGCCUUAUUUUACACGAGAUACCUUGUCUUCAACCAAAUUCAGUCAGGCUGUAAAUGGGCCACGACUGUCUACAUACGAACCGCAGCCGCAUCAAAUGUUUUCACUUACUUUUGACUCGACUUAUUUUGAUAUACCAGGAAGAGCACCACGUUGGGCAUCUCAUUCAGGAACAGAUUAUCAUGGUACUUGGCUACCUCAAACGGUUCGUAGGGCCAUAUUAAAGUAUACAAGCAAAGAUGAAAGAGUCUUGUCAAAUUUCCUUGGUAGAGGUACAGAUGCUAUCGAAUGUUUUCUAUUACAAAGAAGAUGUUGCGGUAUUGAUAUCAAUCCGGCUGCUGUUACAUUAUCACAACGCAACUGUUGCUUUGAAAUACCUCCUGGUUUGACUUCAGCAGAAUAUCGACCCAUCAUUGCCCAAGCAGAUUCUCGAAAUCUAUCUGGUACUUUGUUUAAUGAUGAAUCGUUCCAUCAUAUCCUUUCACACCCACCUUAUAAAGAUUGUGUUGCUUACUCUACGCAUCUGGAUGGUGAUUUGUCUAGAUUUACAAACAUAGAAGAUUUCAAAACUGAAUAUACCAAAGUUGUUCAAGAAAGCUGGAGACUACUUAAAAUGAGCAGAAGAGUGACUUUAGGUAUUGGUGAUAACCGAGAACACUGCUUUUACAUACCUGUUGGAUUCAGUUUGAUGCGACUUUACAUUGAUAAUGGAUUUGAGCUUGAGGAAUUGAUUGUCAAAAGACAGCGCUAUUGUUCUGCUUUUGGAUUGGGCUCUGUAUUGUGUGUUCAAUAUGACUUUUUGGUGUUCACUCAUGAGUUCAUUGCAACUUUCAAAAAGAUACCGAAACAGGAUACAGAUAAGAUGCUCAUUGAUUAUCAGGACACUGAUAUUCAAGACGAAGUCAACGUAAAGCGUACUGUACGUGGUGUGCCUUCCUCUGCUAUUAUGAGAAAGAGUGUCGUGAUGGGAACUGUAUGGAUAUUUAAACCUACAGAGGCUUACUCUUUUGAUCAAUUAUGUAUUUCACGUAUGGUUGAAAGGUUCGGAAAAGAUGAUGGCAACUGGGAGCAUAUUGAAAUAGAUCUAGGUGAAUCAGUAAAUUUAGCAAGCAGCACAAAUAAAACAGUACAAAAAGAUCAAAUAAGAACUGAAGUAGAUGAAGAAAACCCGCUAUCCGAAUACGAACAGCAGAGAUUGAAAAGGAUACAAGAAAACAACAAGACCUUACUGAAAUUGGGAUUGAUUUCUGAAUUGAGUGAGGAGUCUGAAGAUGUAGUACAUUAUGACACCAUGAUGAAAAAGAAGCCCUAUACAUUUGGCGACUUAACAUUGAUAGUCUCGGGCCAUCUAGAAAAUGUUUUGCCGAAACAUAUUGACAAAUACCGAAAAACUGUUCUCUCUCUAGCUAAGGAAGCUACAACAAAGCUUGCCCCCAAGGGCAUGUUGAUUGUCGGUACUCAAGAUAUUCGUGACCCAAUAACGGGAAAACUAUGGCCAAUGUCAAUGCUCAUUCAAGAAGAUAUAGGGAAACAUGUUGGAAGAGACCUAAUUCGAUUGAAAGAAAUGGUUGUGACAGUUCCAGAAGGCUACUCUAAAGACAGAAAGCAAGAAGAUAAAAACAGAGACGGAGAGAAAGACGAGGAAGAAGAGGAGAUUGAUAUUGAGACAAUUGAUCAUGGCCAUGUUCCUAUAGUGCAUGCUGUUUACCUUGUAUUUCAAAAACUCUAACUAUCUGAAACGCCUUCAAUUUGGUUGGCGAGAUUUCAGUUUUUCAUCAUGUCAAAGUGACAGAGAGUGUCUACUCGGUUUUUUUCUUUUAAAUAAACAU